GGUGGAACAUCCUCGAGCACAUGGAUAACCUCCUAUUUGGAGACAUCUCAUCAUUUCUCUGACCCAAAGAGUUAAAAUAGACAUUCAUCCUUGCACCGCGGGACAGAAGGACCUCACUGCUCUAUGACAACAUGGAAAACAAUGAAUCAGGCUGUGAGUCUCCGAUGUGCGCGGGCUGCGGCGCGCUGAUCUCAGAUCGCUUCUACCUGCUCGCGGCAGACAGACGGUGGCACGAGCGCUGUUUGAAAUGCAGCGCGUGUCACGCUGACCUGGAGUCAGAGCUCACGUGCUUCAGUAAACACGGAGACAUUUACUGUAAGGAAGACUAUUACAGUAGGAGGUUUUCUUUGCAAAGAUGUGCACGGUGCCACCUGGGAAUCUCUGCUUCAGAGGUAGUGAUGCGCGCCGGGGAUCUGGUGUACCAUUUGAGCUGCUUCUCCUGUGCCACCUGCGACAAAGUGCUGUUCACUGGAGAUCACUACGGGAUGAGAGAGACGUCAGUGUACUGCCGGGUACAUUUCGAGAUGAUGCUGCAGAGGGAAUGUCAUACAGAUUUGUAUUAUUCAGACAUGUCUCCAGGAGAGCCAAACCCUGAGAGCGGCACAUGCAAUGAAGGGACCCCUGUGCACAGAGGACGGGCCCGGAAGAGGAAAAACUGUGAUGCAACAGAUCAUGUUGCUUAUAAUUCAGAUGUGAGCGACAUGGGUGUGGACUUGCCGGAGAGAGUGAGCUGUCAGAAGUCCAAACGCAUGAGAACCUCUUUCAAGCAUCACCAGCUGCGGAGCAUGCAGAACUUCUUCACCCACAACCACAACCCAGAUGCCAAAGACCUCAAAGAGCUCUCCCAGAAAACCGGCCUCACCAAACGUGUGCUCCAGGUAUGGUUCCAAAAUACCCGUGCAAAAUUCAGGAGAAGCUGUCUAUACCAGGAGAGCGUGGGAGUGGACAAUGUUUCAGACAAUUCCACCAUCACAUCCCCAUCAGUGCCUUCACCCCAACUAUCCCACAGAUCUCUGAGCCCAUCCAGCCCCACCGGCACCUCUCCAUCACAACACACACUCAACACAUUAGCACAACACAGUCACAACACAAACUCCCAAAUGCCUUCUGAGUUCCUCUACCACUCUUAAACAUUUGAUUAUUUAUAUAUUUUCUUAAGAUCUGUGUAUAACUAUCAUUCAUUAACUGAAGCAAAGAGAAUCUCACAGUAAGUCUUUUGCUGUCAUUCCAUUUCAAUUUGAUUUGGAAUGGAACUCAGAAUGCUAGCAUAGUAUGUACUGCAUACUGCAUAUCAUAGACUAUAUGAUGCCUUUUACAUUUUAAAAGUAG